UCCCUCCCUCCCCGUUUUCUUUCGUCCAGAAACGGCACAGCAGGACCCCUGUCUGAGGUCUCAACCGCGCCUAACCUCUGCUUCAGAGUUUUACAACAAAAGACAACAACUUGGAAAGUGUUUUUCAGCGGACUUACAUGGGAAUUUAACACUGGACUGGGAAGCGAACAAAGGGGAGGGACGGUUUGAGCUGAUGGACUCGGAGAUGAGAUAGCGCUCGUAACCGAACCCAUCUCCCCAUCCUCUCCUUCCCCGUGGACGGACGGACGGUUCUUUUUCUUUCCGGAUGAUGUAACUGUUUUAUGACAGACUGAGCCGCUCACCAAGGGCUCACAUUUUCCUUUAAUUAUCAGAGCACGGUUAAUAUCCGACGACGAGCCGCAUCCUCUGGUUUUAGGAGCCCCACACAUCCAGGUUUCGGUGAGGGGGCUCAGCUCAGCGGGACGUUGCGCAGUGCUCAACUGGCUGUUCCCAGGGGGUCGGUGAGCGGUGGUACAGUGCAGUCAUGUGGCAGAGGAUUCAGAUUUGCUGCGCACUGUUUGCACUGUAUUCAGCGGCACCGCCUGCACACAUCAACCGCCUGGCACUGUUCCCUGACAAGAGCGCCUGGUGUGAAGCCAAGAACAUCACACAGAUAGUCGGGCACACGGGAUGUCAGCCUCGCUCUAUUCAAAACAGAGCUUGUCUGGGCCAGUGUUUCAGCUACAGUGUCCCCAACACAUUCCCACAGUCGACCGAGUCUCUGGUGCACUGUGACUCCUGCAUGCCUGCCCAGACACAGUGGGAAGUGGUGACCCUGGAGUGCCCCGGCAGUGAAGACUCUCCUCGAGUGGAUAAGCUGGUGGAGAGGAUCUUCCAUUGCAGCUGCCAGUCCUGCAGUAAGGAAGGCGCCCAGGAGGGGGCGGUGAUGCAGCUGUAUCCAGCAGACAAUGGCAUUGACACUCCGUCUUUAUCCGACACCCUGAGCGGGGCCCAGUCUCACCCUCUGCCUCACUCAGACACACACUCUAAUAAGCAUGCUCACCCACACACAGACCACCACACACUGCCACACACAUCGGAUGGAGGGUAGGUCUGACUCCGUCUGUCACUCUGCUCAUCUCCUCCGACCUCUCUACUCUCCUUCACACUGCGUUGUUUGUACCAGUCUGUAGUAAUAAUGUAAAGGCACUUUCAAAAUAAGACUUCACUUUGUGUUAAAAAGUUUCUCUAAAGGCACACACACACACACACACACACACACACACACAUACAUACGCAAAGUCACUCUUGUAUAUAAACUCACACAGCAGCCUGUGCACUCUUUGUUUUCUAAUUAACACAUGCAUAUGUGUCCAUCCAGACACAACUAUAGUCUGUUAAUGAGCUGAGUCUCAUUACUUUUAAUCUGCUUUGAAUGCAAUAAAUUCUGUUAUUGUUAUAA